GUGUUUGUAUAAGGUAAAGGUUGAUAACUAUAAAUACCUAAUACACAUUUGCUUUCAAUGUUAUGUACACAUCUUGAAAAAUAUUAAUUUGUUCCCAGUUAGUCAAAAUUGAUACGAAUAUUUCGUUAUUUAAGAGUCUUUUUUUAAUGAAAAAUGUCCCAGGAUUUUGAGGUAUCCCUCGUGGCAGUGAGAAAUAAUGUGCCUGAAGCCGUUCGCCAGACUGGGAUUAAUUACCAAACAAUUGCAAAAAUGGUUAUUUCGUCAGAAUGCUGCCAUGAGUACGGUGGAGCAAUACUAUGAUCCACCUGAUAAAUCGGAGGGCGAUAAGAAACUGUAUCGUGCUUUGAGUCUAACAAAUGGACUCCGGGCCAUGUUGAUAUCAGAUCCCAAGACUGAGGAGCUUAACCAGAAAGGCAGUGAUGCUAGUUUGAACUCUUCAUUGGAGCAGCUUCAGGGUAAACAAGCGGCCUGCGCCGUGCUUGUGACCGUGGGAUCCUUUAGUGAACCAAGGCAGUGCCAGGGCCUGGCACAUUUCCUCGAGCACAUGAUCUUCAUGGGAUCUGAAAAGUAUCCAGCUGAGAACGCCUUUGACGCAUUCGUAUCCAAGUGCGGGGGCUCCAGCAACGCUCAUACUGAGAACGAGUGUACGUGUUUUUAUUUCGAAGUGGAGGAGGCCCAUCUCGAUAAGUGUAUGGACCUUUUUAUGAACUUGAUAAAGGCCCCAUUGAUGCGUCUCAAUGCCAUGGAGCGCGAACGGUCGGCCCUGCAGUCGGAGUUCGAACAGGUCCACAUGAACGACGGAGCCCGUAAGGAGCAGGUCUUUGGCAGCUUGGCCAGUGAGGAUUUUCCGCAUGGCACCUUUGGCUGGGGUAACUUGAAGUCUCUUAAGGAAGUGGAUGAUGCCACAUUGCACAAGGAGCUGCAUACGUUCUUCCGGAAGCAUUACGGCUCUAACCGCAUGAUAGUGUCGAUUCAAUCGGAGCAGCCAUUAGACAAACUAGAAGAGCUGCUCCUACGCCACUGUGGAGAUAUUAGCAGAUGUCAAGAGAACACUCUUGACUUGUCCAUGUAUGGCUACCAAGCCGCCUUUCAGGAGAAGUUCUUUACAAAUGUACUCCUCGUGCAGCCCGUUGAAGAUGUCUGUAAGCUUGAACUCACCUGGGUUUUGCCGCCAAUGAAGAAGUUUUAUCGCAGCAAACCGGACACUUUUCUUGAACAGCUCAUUGGCUACGAGGGAGUGGGCAGCUUGUGCUCCUACCUACGCCGACGCCUUUGGUGCAUGAGCGUCAGCGCGGGAGUGGGCGGAGGGACCAACUCCAUCUACUCUCUCUUCACCAUAUCCAUAUAUCUGACAGACGAUGGUUUUGAGCACAUAGACGAGGUGCUAGGCGCAACUUUUGCCUGGAUCAAGCUGCUGAAUAAUAGCUCAGAGCUCCCGGCUCACUACGAAGAGCUCCAGCAAAUUGCCAAGAAUAGUUUUCGAUUCCCAGUUGAACUCCCCUCCAUAGACAAUGUUCAAAAUAUUGUCGAAGACUUCAGUUACCUGCCAUCAAAAGAUGUCCUCACGGGAUCUAGCCUAUACUUUCAGUACAAUGAAGCGGAUUUGCAGAUUGUCAAACAGCAUAUGACCGCAUUUAAUUUUAAUAUAAUGAUUUCAUCACACAUUCCAUAUGAGAACCACGAGUACGAUCAAGAAGAGCAAUGGUUUGGGACCCAGUACACGACCAUUCCUAUGCCAUCAAAGUGGGAGACUCUGUGGCAAAAGCCGCCGGUACUUAAGGAACUAGCGUUACCCAAGCCCAAUCCCUUUAUAACAACGGACUUUACGCUGCACUGGAAGCAAGCCGGACAGCCGCAUAUUUCGCGAAGUCCCAAAUCUUUAAUGAAAAAUGAUUUAGGGGAGCUGUGGUUCCGGCAAGACAACAUCUUUCAGCUGCCCGAGGGGUAUAUUAAUCUUUACUUUAUCACGCCUCUAGUCCAGCAAAGUGUGGAAAAUUAUAUGCUCGGUGUGCUCUUUACCUAUUUAGUGGAAUUUUCAAUAGCUGAACAAUUAUAUCCAGCCUUGGAAGCCGGCCUAACAUAUGGCCUUUACAGCGGCGAAAAGGGUUUGAUUCUGCGCGUCAGUGGGUUCAAUCAAAAGCUCCCGCUAUUGGUGGAAAUUAUACUUAAAGUGAUGCAAACUAUCAAUUUGGAUCCGGCCCAAGUUGAGUCCUUUAAAGAGCUUAAAAAGCGUCAAAUAUUCAAUACUCUUAUCAACGGGAACGCAUUGAACCAUGACUUGUUCUACAGCAUCUUGGAAAAUAAGCACUUUAGCCUGAUACAGAAGUACGAGGCUAUUGAUGGAAUUACCGUAGACAAUUUGAAGCAAUUUAUGGAUAAUUUUCCCAAGAAAAUGUAUGUGCAAGGCCUUAUACAGGGAAACUUCACAGCUGACCAGGCCAAAGAAUUAAUGGAGAGUGUUAUUUCCAUGUACAAAAGUGAAAAGAUUGAGAGUCUGUCUUCCUUGGACAAUAGCUUACUGCAAGUCCCUUUGGGGUCACAUUUUCUGCGCGCCCGCGCCCUCAACGAGAACGACACCAAUACGAUCGUUAGCAACUACUACCAGGUGGGUCCUUGUGAUACGAAACUGGAUUGUCUGAUGGGUCUGGUUAUGAUGAUAACCGGGGAGCCGUUCUUUAACCAGCUGAGGACACAGGAACAAUUGGGUUAUAGUUUAGGAAUUUUUCCAUGGCUAGGCUACGGGAUCAUGGCAUUUGUGAUCACCAUUAAUACCCAGGAGAACAAGCAUACAGCUGAUUUCGUGGAAAAGCGCAUCGAACAAUUCCGAGCUGGAAUGUCGGAACUUGUUUCUAAACUAAGUAACGAUGAGUUUGCGGCAGUUCGAGAAUCACUUGUGGGUAAUAAACGGCUUCGAGACCACAGCCUGGACGAAGAGGUUGGCCGAAAUUGGAUUGAAAUAGUAACCAGAGAGUAUUUCUUUAAUCGAGUGGAAAUGCAAAUACAAAUGAUUAACAGCUUGUCAAAGGAGCAUCUCCUGGACUUCCUCCGCGACUACGAAAAGAAUAACUUUCGGAAACUUUCAGUGCAGGUUGUGGGAAGAGGUAAUCGAGUUGGUGACAGCCAGGCAUCAUCCUUGUCGGGCAUGUUGGAUGUGGGUCAUCACAGUCUUUCUGAAGUAAUCUCUGGAAAAAUAAAUAUUAAGUUCUUAGGCACAGAUGAUGACCCCUCAAAUAUAAAAGACAUUUCGGCCUUUAAACAAAAUCUUUAUGUUUAUCCUUUGAUCUUUACUAACCCAAUGUUGUCAGAAAAAACAUAGGAAAUAAAAAUUAAAUAAUUAA